UGGCUGGGAGAGGGAGCAGGCGUCUCUCUUUUUCCUAGCUCCCGACAAAACAGGAGACUUGCCUGACCUUCGUUCGGCUCGCACCUGGGCAUUGUGGAGGUGGGAGGGCCACCUGCCACCUGCCAUUCUGGGGCCCUGGUGCGUGUGGGAGGCUGCUCGGGGCUGGGGCACCCAGAGGGGGUGUCACCAGCCUGGAGGCAGCCAUGCAGUAGCCUUCUUGCUGAGGAGGGGUCUGCCCAACCGGGGCCUUCUCUGGGCUGAGUGAUGACCACGUCGGAGGACCAGAGCCCGGCCCAGCCCCGUGGGACAAGGGAGCAGAGGGUGAUGUUGGACUCAGUGACACACAGCACCUUCCUGCCCAACGCGUCCUUCUGCGACCCCCUGAUGUCGUGGACUGACCUGUUCAGCAAUGAAGAGUAUUAUCCUGCCUUUGAGCAUCAGACAGCCUGUGACUCCUACUGGACGUCUGUCCACCCUGAGUACUGGACGAAGCGCCACGUCUGGGAAUGGCUCCAGUUCUGCUGCAACCAGUAUAAGCUGGAUGCCAACUGCAUCUCCUUCUGCCACUUCAACAUCAGCGGCCUGCAGCUGUGCAGUAUGACUCAGGAGGAGUUCAUCGAGGCAGCUGGUGUCUGCGGGCAGUACCUGUACUUCAUCCUCCAGAACAUGCGCUCGCAAGGUUACUCCAUUUUUAAUGACCCUGAAGAGACCAAGGCCACCAUCAAAGACUACGCUGUUUCCAGUUGCUUGAAAACAAGUGGCAUCAAAAGUCAAGACUGUCACAGUCAUAAUCGAACAAGCCUCCAGAGCUCUCACCUAUGGGAAUUUGUGCGAGACCUGCUUCUGUCUCCUGAGGAAAACUGUGGCAUUCUGGAAUGGGAAGAUAGGGAACAAGGUAUUUUUCGGGUGGUUAAAUCAGAAGCCCUGGCAAAGAUGUGGGGACAAAGGAAGAGAAAUGACAGAAUGACGUAUGAAAAGUUGAGCAGAGCUCUGAGGUACUACUAUAAAACAGGAAUUCUGGAACGGGUCGACCGAAGAUUAGUAUACAAAUUUGGAAAAAACGCACACGGGUGGCAGGAAGACAAGCUAUGAUCUGCUCCAUCAUCAAGCUCAUUUUAUGGAUUUCUGUCUUUUAAAACAAUAGAUUGCAAUAGA